AUGGAAUCUGAAAAUCAUAGACUACAGCGUCAAGUUGCUGAUUUGCAAUAUGAAAAUACAUACAUGCGUAAAAUAACUGAAAUGCAAGCUGAGAUCAUUUCUCUAAGAAAGCAAGUUUCCGAUCUUAAAAAAGAGAUUAAAAGGCUUAAUCAGUCUAUAUCUAGUAAAACUGAUAAACAUUGUGAAGAGCUAA